GGCUGCUCUCUCCUGUUAGGCUCUUUGGUCAUCAUCACGCUGUCAAAUAUCGCGGUAGCCGCCUCCCUAAUCACUACGUAAUGUGCCGUGCUGCUUCUAGCGGCGCUGGUGACAGUGCUGAAAGCUGUUGGGUAUGAAGUGAAACGGAACUGAAUUUUUGUACCAUCCGCAACUGCUUCAAGUUCAGAUCAUAACAAAGAAACUGAAGAUAAACCACCCAAAACAAGCAAAGUUGCAACACCGAAGACACGUGGAGAAAAAUAAAAAGAGGAUCACUUCAAGGGUUUAAAACACAAGAAGUAACCAAAUCCUGAAACGACCAAAGAAGACGCCCAUCAGCCCAAUUGAAACGCAGAAGAGAAGCAAUCCAAUGCCCAAGCAUAUUCUGAGAAGACAAUAACUGAUCUGAAACCAGAAGUUUGUGCCUACUCAACAGCUUUGACAAAGCACACGUCCCAACGCUGCUCCUAGCCCUCCUCAUCCUCACCACACCACCGACUCACCACCGGGGUGUGGAGUGGGCUGCUAUCUGCUAGUUUUUUUUUUUGUUUUGUUUUUUUCUUCCCCCAUAGCCCCCCUGUCUCUCCCUCCCUCUACUGUUUUCAUUGUAAUAUUUUCUAAGCAGUGUUAUUGCACCUGCGUUUGCCUUUUUUUUUCUUUUUCUUUUUUUUGUGAGUUAGAUUUCUCCCCUCUUUUGCUUUAUGCGACCAUCUAGAACUUGUGCCAGAAACCUGUAACAAGUGUGUGUGUUCAACUGUGUGCGUGAAGAGAUCCACAGGAACUGCAUAGUCAGAGAUCCUGAGAAUUACAAGAUUCAAGACGACAAAUCAAGACGUCCAGCGGUGUAUCAUUUGGGUGGUUGCAUAGAAAUAGUACUUAACCGUCAAGCAAAAAAAAAAAAAAAAAAAAAAAAAAAAAUACAAAAAAUUAAUCCAGUUCAGCAAGUGCUCAAGCAAGUUUGGUCCGAGUUUAUGGGAAAAUAUGGGCAGCCCCUGGAAAGGCUUUGUUGAGUUUACCUUGCCUGCGUCGCCACCCACCGCGUUCGUUAGCGCUGACCUGAGCAGCACCUCCCCUGUCGGACUCAGCCUGUCGCCAUAUGGCCGAUCCAUGAGUUUUGACCCAGGUAUGCUCCAUAACAAUGGACACACUGCAUACGCCAACGGCACAGGGCCUGGCAUAAGAGAGACUGGUGUGGUGGAGAAGCUCCUAACGUCUUACGGGUUCAUCCAGUGCUCCGAACGCCAGGCUCGGCUGUUUUUCCACUGUUCCCAGUACAAUGGCAACCUGCAGGAGCUUAAAAUAGGAGAUGAUGUAGAGUUUGAGGUAUCCUCUGACAGGCGCACUGGCAAGCCCAUAGCAGUGAAGCUGCUUAAGAUAAAGCCAGAGGUGCUGCCAGAGGAGCGGAUCUCGGGCCAGGUGGGGCCAGACCUGCACGCCUAUCCCUUUACUGUGCUGCAUGGUUAUAUUCAUCCAGUUGUCUCAGCAAUCCCAGUGCACUUGGAUGGAAAAUCUGCUCCCGGCCAGGUGCCCACCGGCAGUGUUUGUUAUGAAAGAAACGGGUGGUGUGGCCUUUCACAGGAGGUGUUCUACCUUACCUACACUCCUGACGACGUAGAGGGUAACAUCCACCUGGACACGGGCGACAAAGUCAGCUUUUACAUGGAGACCAACAAGCAUACUGGUGCGGUCAGUGCUCGCAAUAUUCAACUUGUGAAGAAAAAGCAAAUGAGGUGCCAGGGUGUGGUGUGUGCCACAAAGGAGGCCUUUGGGUUCAUUGAGAGGGCCGACGUGGUGAAGGAGAUCUUCUUUCACUACAGCGAGUUCAAGGGUGAUCUAGAGGCUCUGCAGGCUGGAGAUGAUGUCGAGUUCACCAUCAAAGACCGAAAUGGUAAAGAAGUGGCCACAGAUGUGAGGCUGCUCCCCCAAGGAACAGUCAUCUUUGAAGAUAUCAGCAUUGAGCAGUUUGAAGGCACUGUCGUCAAGGUCAUUCCCAAGGUUCCCACCAAAAACCAGAACGAUCCUCUGCCAGGUCGCAUCAGUGCCCGGAUUGGUUUCACUGACAAGGAACUGCCGUUCGGCGAGAAGGACACAAAGUCCAAGGUGACCCUGUUGGAGGGAGAUCACAUCCAGUUCAACAUCUCCACCGACCGCAGAGACAAGCUGGAAAGGGCUACCAACAUCGACAUCCUCCCUGACACCUUCAACUUCACCAAGGAGACCCGUGAAAUGGGGGUGAUUGCGGCUAUACGCGAUGGCUUUGGAUUCAUCAAGUGUGUGGAUCGGGAUGCCAGGAUGUUCUUUCACUUCAGUGAAGUCCUAGAGGAGAGCCAACUGCACAUCUCCGAUGAAGUGGAGUUCACUGUUGUGCCUGUAGGUCCUGUUUAUAAGCUUUUCACAAAAGACAUGCUGUCCGCUCAGAGGAACCAUGCCGUGCGCAUCAAGAAGCUGCCCAAGGGCACAGUGUCCUUCCAUACCCAGUCUGAGCAGCGCUUUGUGGGUGUGGUGGAGAAGGAAGUGGCAACCACCAAUAAGAAUGCCAGUCCCACCAAGAGCAAGGAAAAGAAAAAAGACAAGGGUAAAGUUGUAGAAAAGGAAGCUGAGGAAGGAGUUAUUGCGUAUGAAGACUGCGGAGUGAAGCUCACUGUGCCAUACCAUACCAAGGACCUGGAGGGAGGUGGUCACCCACUGGUUGGAGACAAGGUGGAGUUCUCCAUCAAUGAAGUGAAGCGAACUGGCCAGCAGAGUGCAGUCUCCAUCAGAGUCCUCAACCGUAAUGCCUCCAACGCAAAGAGACUGCAUGGAUUUGUUGCCACACUGAAGGACAACUUUGGCUUCAUUGAGACAGCAAAUCAUGACCAGGAGAUUUUCUUUCACUACAGUGAAAUGUGUGGAGACUUGGAGAACCUGGAGCUGGGUGACACGGUGGAGUACACUCUCUCUAAAGGAAAAGGAAACAAAGUCAGUGCUGAAAAGGUUACCAAAGUAGCUGCAGUGAAUGGUAUUGGUGAGGAUGUUGGUACAACAGUGAUGAUGGGGAAAGUCAUCCGUCCCUUACGUAGUGUGGACCCCUCCCAGACAGAAUAUCAAGGGCUUAUUGAAGUCACAGAGGAAGGUGGAACUAAAGGCCAGAAUUAUCCCUUUGGAAUCAUGGGUAUGGCAAACAAGGCAGAUUGUCUGCAGAAAGGAGAACUUGUGAAGUUUCAGGUUUGCACAGUCGCCCAAACUGGACAGAAGAUGGCCUGCAAUGUGGUUCCUCAGCGCAGAGCCAUGGUGGAGUGUGUCAAAGAUCAGUUUGGCUUCAUCACGUAUGAAGUUGGUGAAAGCAAGAAGUUGUUCUUCCAUGUAAAAGAAGUGCAAGAUGGCCUGGAGCUCCAGACCGGAGAUGAGGUGGAGUUCUCAGUUGUCCUCAAUCAACGCACAGGAAAAUGUAGUGCCUGCAACGUACGCAGAGUCAGUGAGGGGCCUAAACCAGUGGUGACUCCGCGUCCUGAUCGUCUGGUUAAUCGUUUGAAGAGCAUCACCCUUGACGAUGCCAGUGCUCCUCGCCUGGUCAUUGUACGACAGCCCCGUGGUCCUGACAAUUCAAAGGGCUUCAAUGUGGAGCGCAAGACCCGCCAGCCCGGUGUCAUUGACUGAGCAAUACAGAGCCCCGCCUUGUUCGGUGUUGGUGGGAUGCUGUCCCAAAGGGGCAACAGCAGGGGAUAAGGGAAUUUGAUUUAACACAUGCUUGUACACAAACUCAUACACAAAACAUACGCACACAUACAGUAAUCGGCAUGUGUAAUCUUUGUUCCCAUUGAUACCUGCCAGGGAACUUGUCUCAUUCCGUAGUUCCCUGCCUCCCAUGUAUGAUGUACUUGAUAGAGUUCCACACUGCAGUGUACAUGGGAUCUGAGUGUGUGCGUUUGUGUGUGCGUCUGUGUGUGUGCUGUAUCCUAGAAGUCAUUAUAGUGUGUAACAGAGGUAUUUGUUUGAGGGUCUUGUACCUCUAAAUCAGAGUGAUGAGUGUGUGGCUGUCUAUGUCCCUAUCUUUUUGAAUCUGCUUUGUCUGGAAUUCUGCACCUGUAAUCUGUCCAGUAGUUGGUUUAGGUGAAUGAGUGUGUUUAUUGGCAUGUCUUUGAGCAUCUGCUCUUUCUUUUUUUUCUCUUUUUUUUUUUUUGCUCUUUGCCCAUGGAAACUUAAGAUGGUUUCAUUGAAAAGUUUCCACUACUGUAUGCUUUCCUACAAGACUCAUAAAGCAAAGCAAAGUUCCCUCCAUAAGGAGGAUCAUAUUUCUCAUAUGUGCAAGCUUAAACUGAGGAUUCUUCUCUGCUCGGUUUUUUUGAGCAGUUUUAAAAUGCUUUAUUGAAGAGCUGAAGUGAAAGCAUGGUGUGAGUGUGAGAGAGAUGUACGUGAAUGUCAAAGUAGUUGAUCUAAUGGGAUUUACUUUUACCAAUCUGGAGCCUUUAGAUACCUUUUUGGUAUUCACAUGCUCCACUUAAGAAAUUUUUCCCAGGUGCAGAAUUCCUUGUGGCAUCUUAUACCUGCAGUUCUUUUAUACUUUUUUUUUUCUUGCACAUAUUUUUGCUUUUUUCCAUCGAAACUCAAUCUGCUAAUAUUGAAUAAAGUAAGAAUAAGGUGCCUAAAAACUACAAGAAACGGAGAAGAAAAAAAACAAAAUUAGAUGCAUCCUCUGUUCCCAGCCAACCGCCAAAAUAUUCAGAACAAUCUUAGGGUGGCUUUCUUUUCUAGUAGAAAUAAUACUGAUAUGCAUCCCAAACCUGUGGGUUGAACUAUACUGUAUGUAAUGUGUGCUUUUUUUUUUUUUUCUUUUUUUUUUCUUAGUGAAAGUUCAAACUUCAGAUAUAACGAAAACAAAAUAACUUAAAGAAAGGAGAAUGGUGAAGUAUUAGGAAUUCAGUCUAUUUAAAAAAAAUAAAAAAUAAAAAAAAAACCUUAAGAAUCAGGAUGUCUGUUAUUUUUGCUCUGAAGACAUGGUUGGUGAGCUGUUGUGCCUCUGCACAUUAAGUUACAGUCAAAUUUAUUUCAACUAUGGAGAUCACCGGGUUUCAGUUGAACCACAUACAGAGGUUCUCAUGUACUUUUGUUAAUGGUCUUGAAUGAAACAAUUGAAUUAAAGUUUUAUGAAAAUCA